AUGACUGCGUUGGCGGGGUCAAUACCCAGGAUGAUGCGACCCACGCUGGCUCAGAACUACCCCCGCAGUGGCUUCCCACUGGAAGUGUCUACCCCGCUGGGUCAAGGCCGAGUGAACCAGCUCGGAGGAGUUUUCAUAAACGGCAGACCUUUGCCCAACCACAUCCGACAUAAGAUAGUGGAGAUGGCCCACCACGGCAUAAGGCCCUGUGUCAUCUCCCGGCAGCUCCGGGUCUCCCAUGGCUGCGUCUCCAAAAUCCUGUGCCGGUACCAGGAGACGGGGUCUAUUAGACCCGGGGCUAUCGGUGGCAGCAAACCUAAGCAGGGCACAACGCCGGACGUGGAGAAGAGAAUAGAGGAGUACAAGCGGGACAACCCGGGUAUGUUUAGCUGGGAGAUUCGGGAUAAAUUACUGAAGGAUGGCGUAUGUGACCGCAACACCGUUCCUUCAGUGAGCUCCAUCAGUCGCAUCAUGCGGAGUAAGUUCGGGGGGAAAGGAGAUGAAGACGAUGAUGAAGAUGAAAUAGAGAAGAAGGAGUUGGAGGAGAGCGGCCGACAGACCAAACACAGCAUUGAAGGCAUCUUAGGAGACAGAUGCUCGGCGAGUCACUCAGACGAGGGUUCGGACGUGGAGUCAGAGCCGGACUUGCCGCUGAAGAGGAAACAGCGGCGCAGUCGGACCACCUUCACGGCGGAGCAGCUGGAGGAGCUGGAGAGGGCCUUCGAGAGGACCCACUACCCCGACAUCUACACCAGGGAGGAGCUCGCUCAGAGGGCCAAGCUCACUGAGGCCAGGGUGCAGGUGUGGUUCAGCAACAGGCGGGCGAGGUGGAGGAAGCAGGCGGGCGCCAAUCAGCUGAUGGCAUUCAAUCACCUGAUCCCAGGGGGGUUUCCGCCCUCAGCCAUGUCCAGCAUCCCGCCCUACCAGCUCUCCGACAGCCCCUACCCCCCCUCAUCUAUAGCGCAAGCUGUGUCAGAACCACCCAGCACGGUGCAUCGGCCCCAGCCUCUUCCUCCCUCGUCGGGCCACCAAGCCUCCAGCGGCGGAGGGCAGGGAGAAGGGGGCUCGGCUUACUGCCUCGCCUCUGGUCGCCACUCCUUCUCAGGCUAUUCAGACAGCUUUGUGAGCCCUGGAGGACCGGCCAACCCCAUGAACCCCGCCAUAGGGAACGGACUCUCCCCACAGGUGAUGGGUCUGCUGAACCCGGGCGGCGUGCCUCAUCAGCCCCAGAGUGACUACGCCAUCUCCCCCCUAACGGGCGGCCUAGAGCCCCCUGCUGGCAUGGCCGCCAGCUGCAGCCAGCGUAUGGAGCACAUCAAGGGUCUUGAGGGUCUGACCAGCAUGCCCUCCAUGCCGGCUCUGCCCUCCCUGCCCAGCUCCCAGUCCUACUGCCCUCCCUCCUACAGCUCGUCGGGCUACAGCGUCGACCAUGUGGCCUCCUACCAGUAUGGCCAGUACGGACAAAGUGCCCUUCCUUAUUUGAGGCCUGAGAUCACCUGAUCUGUGGCUUUGGACUUC